AAAAAUGAAGUCUUUCAUUUGCUUUUUAUUUAUUGCUUUUACAAUUUAUUCAACUACUUUUGCCAUUCCUAUAAAGGAUAAUGAUAGACCAGAAUUUUCUCUGAAAAAUGAGGAAAAUGAAAAUGCUGGAAAGGAAUUAAUAUUACAAAAAUCUAAAAAAGCUUCAGAAAAUAUAGUUAAUGGUGCAUAUUGUUAUGAUAACAAUUUAGCUACAUAUAUUAAUAAUGGACUUUAUUAUUAUCCUCAAAAUAUGGGACAGCUUUCUAAUUAUAUUUUAGAUCGGAUCAAAUCUGCGCGUUAUUCAGGCUAUUGGUUUGUGCAUGCGGCAAUAAUUACUGGUCAAACUCAAGGUCUACAUUGGCAGUCCUCUGCAACUGGCGAUAUUUUUUCGCCAACCAGCCGACACGGAUGCUAUUAUCAUGACAAUUAUACUUACGUUAUUAUCUUGAAAUAUUAAUGAGAAAGGAAGUGAGGUCAAGAAAGAAGACAAAUUUAAGUCAAUUUUUAUUUUAUCUAUUAAAGUAAAAUAAAAGUAUAAAAAUAUUUUGUUUUGAAA